CGAAAGUAGAAUCCUAGAAUGCUCCCUUGCUGUUGACAUCUGACAACGGACGAGAUUCUGUAUCAGCUUUAGUUGAAUGAAGGAUCUUGUGUCGAGUUAGGCAGUGUCUUGAGUGAUGGAAACAGAAGUCGUAGCCCAAGCUAUCGUUGAGGCACCAGUGCUUCAUGCAGACUUCGGGAGACAAUCACCAAUGGUCAUUGGCGAUGAUGGGGAACAACAGGUUGCAACAGAUAAUGUACCAGCAUCUGGAGGCGAGGUGAACAUUACAAGCCACUCGAUGGCUCCGGAAGCACCGGUAGUGAAGAAGGGAGAAUCCAAAGAGGAAUCUGAUCCACAGGGGCAGGGCGGAGACGAAACCGUUCAAACCAAGCUCGAUGCAUCGAACAACAGAGGGCCGGAGGGAAACUUCAAGACACAACGUAGAACACCCAAGGCCAAAAACUCAAAACUCAAACCCGCUGUGGGACUGAAAUCCGAGUCACAUAGUAAGACCAUCUCACCAUCAAAGGCUGCUGACGGGCCAAGCAACACUGAGGAAGAUGCGAAUAUGGAUAAAACAAUUGGCCACUAUGAGGCCGAACUCCGAAGUUUGGAAGAGAAGGAGGCGAAUGAGGCAAAACGGACCAAAGCGAAGCAUUCUGACACAUUUGCAUACCGUCAUUUUCAUAUGGUUCACCCAACAUGUAACAAACUAUUAGGGAGGAGAUGGGAUAUGGCAAAGAGAAAGAUCCAUCUACAACGAUUAGCGAAAGCCAAAUCAAGUAUUGAUACAUCGCCCCCAAAAGAGUAUCCGCACUUGCAGCACAAGCUGAAAAAGUUACAGAUGCAAGAAGAGCGACGAGCGCAGAUUGAACAUGACAACAAGAUAUUGGUUGACAAAAUGUCGUCAAUUAUGAAGCUGGAGAAAAAGGUUUUUGGACAGCAUCCCAGCCCUCUAAGAUUUGCACAUAGUCUGAAUGCAAACAGGCGACAACGGGAAGUCAAGAAAGUUAAUCAAGAUAAUAUGGCCAUUCUUGAGCGUCUGGAAGGCCGCGAAUCAUUCUAUAAACAUGAAGAUCAAGUGAAGAGCCGUCACCAAACCAUAGGUUAUCUCUGCAACAUUGCAGCGUACCCUGACCGGUUUAUUCGUCUUGAGGAACAGUAUGAUCGUUGCGCAAAGGAUUCUGUGACGGAGCGUCAUGAGGCGCCAGUUGCAACGGAGCGUAUUCAGCAGCUUGAAAAGGACUGGACAAGCGGACCAAGCCCAACGAGCGGCCGAAGCUCUGUCAAUAACCACCAUGUGCGAUUUCGAAAGGGACCGGAAGGCGCCGGCAAGCACCAUAGGAAAAAGCGAGCGCAGACCCCCAAAAUUGGUAUCGCAGCAGUGGACGCAAAGCUACUUGGAAAAGAAGCCCAGUUUGGAGGACCUCCACCUCUUCCUGGCAUUCCUGUUGCCUCCAGCAGUGAAGUACCAAUGAGAGAAUCAUCAGCACUGGCUCCCCUGGAUGUAGGAGAAAAAGCCACGAACUUGGAAGACAGUGUGGCUCUGUCAGUAGAAUAGACGACUCCCGACAUUUCACAAAUUUUCUAUUUGAAUUGGCAUGAAUAAUAUACCCAUACAUAUGAAGGA